UUUGAAAGGGGAGGUUCGCAUUUUCUGCUGCGGACAUGCGGCUUUCAUAGAAACUCUGGAUUUGGAUAUCAGUAUACACGCCGCCUGAAUGCAGUGCUGUUCUUUCAAAUGCCAUUUUGAAAGUGAUGCUUGCUCUUUAUAGCUGAAAGUAUUAGUAUUUUAGGAGUUCGGGAGUUUUGCUGAGAGACUGCACCUACCGCAAAACAACAGCGAGCUUAGCUAUCAAUCUGGACGGCUUUCUCAAACGACCUGGGUUCAUUUUCCGAUGACUAUCAUUCUAACUUCACUGAGGAUAUUUUUUGUGGAGUGCAGUAUUGUUUUUUCUUUAUUUUGCCAUCCUCUCCGUUUAAACAGUAACAUUGCGGAGUUAAUGUUGGUUGGUUUGUGAAGAUACGGUCGGAUCCCAUAGAUAGUCACGCGUUUCACGUUUCAGUUUUUUAUCGGAGUUCUCCAGGGGUGUUGUAAUAUUAUUGUAUAUGAUUGUAUUUCAUAUCAGAGAUCAAUUGAUAUCGAUGCAGUUUGAUAUAUGCUUCGAUAUAAAGACUGAUGAAAGUAACGAUACGUUUGGUGGGCGGAAAGUCUGCGUGAACACAUCCGUCGCAGCUGUAGCUGAUCGAAUAGAUUUUGCCUAGCCUCUAUCAUCAGAGAAAGCUGCUGACAAAAGGGAUUACCCGGGAUCAUUGAGAAAAUAGUGAAGUCUGCGUCUUAUAUAUUAGCCCACGACAAACGGGUGUCUUCAUUAACAAUACCAACAACAACAACAAUGUCUGUCAAUAAGAGUAUUGAAUGGGAACAUUUUGAGGAGCGGGACAAGACCCAUCGCUCAUCUCGGGGGUCCGGUUCGGGUUCCCAGUCCGGUUCACGGGGAAACGGUCUGGUUCCCAGUCCGGCCCACAGUGCCCACUGUAGCUUCUACCGCACGCGUACGCUGCAGUCGCUCACUUCCGAGAAGAAAGCCAAAAAAGUUAGAUUCUACCGAAAUGGAGAUAAAUAUUUCAAAGGCUUGGUGUACGCGGUGUCCAGUGACCGUUUCAGGUCUCUUGAUGCUCUGCUGAUGGAACUGACCAGGUCCCUGUCGGACAAUGUGAACCUUCCACAAGGAGUCCGGAGUAUAUACACGGUGGACGGGACCAGGAAGAUCACAAGCUUGGACGAGCUUGUGGAAGGCGAGAGCUACGUGUGCGCCUCCAACGAGCCCUACCGCAAGGUGGACUACACCAAGAACGUCAACCCCAACUGGUCGGUGAACGUGAAGGCGGGCGCCUCGCGCUCUCUCUCCUCGCUCAUCCCGCUGAAGAGCGAGCUGCGCGAGAACAAGGACUUCAUCAAGCCCAAGCUGGUGACGGUCAUCCGCAGCGGCGUCAAGCCCCGCAAGGCCGUGCGCAUCCUGCUCAACAAGAAGACGGCCCACUCCUUCGAGCAGGUGCUGACCGACAUCACCGACGCCAUCAAGCUGGACUCCGGGGUGGUCAAGCGGCUCUACACGCUGGACGGCAAACAGGUCACCUGUCUGCAGGACUUCUUCGGCGAGGAUGACGUGUUCAUUGCCUGCGGGCCGGAGAAGUACCGCUAUGCCCAGGAUGACUUUGUGUUGGAUCACAGCGGUAAGGUCUCCGCUGCCUUCGUGGAUGAGUGUCGGGUCCUGAAGUCCUCGUACGUGCGCUCUUCCCCCCCGGUACGGCCUUCGGGAUCCAAGAGUCCGGGACUAACAAGGCGCUGCAAGUCCCCGGGCACAGUAAGAAGAGCUGGACAGUAUUCUGCUAGUCACUCUCCAGUCAAAUCUCCAGUCAAUGGGACCCCUGGGAGCCAGAUAUCCACACCCAGGUCCACAAAAUCCUCCAGCUCCUCCCCCACCAGCCCCCGUAGCAUGCGCUGUUUCAAGCCCCAGUUCUCUGCCGCGCGAGGAGAUGGCCCCGACGACCGGUUGCUUCCUCUCCAAAGCUCCGCCCAUCACGGGUCCGCCUCCAACGUAAACGGAGCUGCCGACCAGGCCAACAGCCUGAGCCCUGAAGCAGUUAAUGGGAACAGGCGCCUGUCAGCCUCAGUGAUCAUGGAGAAGUACAAGGUUGGCAAAGUCAUUGGUGAUGGGAACUUUGCUGUUGUGAAGGAAUGUGUGGAACGGUCUACAGGGAAGGAAUUUGCUUUGAAGAUCAUUGACAAAGCCAAGUGUAGUGGGAAAGAGCACCUGAUCGAGAACGAGGUGGCCGUUCUGCGCAGGGUCAAGCACCCAAACAUCAUCAUGCUGAUCGAAGAGGUAGACACGCCCACUGAGCUCUACUUGGUCAUGGAACUGGUCAAGGGCGGGGACCUGUUUGAUGCUAUCACCUCCUCCACCAAGUACACGGAGCGAGACGCCAGCGCUAUGGUGUUCAACCUGGCCGGCGCCCUCAAGUACCUGCACAGCAUGAACAUCGUACACCGUGACAUCAAACCCGAAAACCUGCUGGUGUGCGAGUACCCGGACGGGACCAAGUCCCUGAAGCUGGGGGACUUUGGGCUGGCCACCGUGGUGGAGGGGCCGUUGCACACGGUGUGUGGGACCCCCACCUACGUCGCCCCGGAGAUCAUCGCCGAAUCGGGCUACGGGCUGAAGGUGGACAUCUGGGCAGCUGGGGUCAUCACCUACAUUCUGCUGUGUGGGUUCCCCCCUUUCCGCAGUGAGAAUAACCUUCAGGAGGACCUGUUUGACCAGAUCCUGGUGGGACGGCUGGAGUUCCCCUCUCCAUACUGGGACAACAUCACUGACUCUGCCAAAGAGCUGAUUGGCCAGAUGCUUCAGGUGAAUGUGGAAGCCCGCUAUACCGCUGAGGAGGUCCUGUGUCACCCCUGGGUCACAGAUGAUGCUGCGAUGGAGAAUAACAUGAAGGUGGAGGUGACAGGUAAACUAAGGAAGCACUUUAACGCAGCGCCAAAGCAGAAUAACACAGCUGCUGGAGUGUCCGUUAUCAUGAACACGGCUCUCGAUAAGGAGAGCUUCCAGCUACGCAAGCGCUGCCAGGAGACCAACGCGGUUCAAUCUGGGAAGAAAGCCCCGCCCGCCCAGUCCGAGGACUCCGCCCCUUCCGAGCCAGCCGCGGCGACCGCCCCCGCACUCAACCCCAACUCGCCCCAGCCGCCAUCUCCAUCACCCCCUCCUCCGCCCGCCCAGGCGAGCGCGGAGCACGAGGUGGAGGCAGGAGAGCUUUGAGACCGGGAGCCCCGCCCCUGACCACGCCCACCAUGUCCUGCUCGACUCCGCCCUGCCCCGCCCUCUCCUCCUGGUCUGUUCCUCGCAUGUAGGGGCUACGCGUUCCAGCGAAUCUGCUACUGCUGACCAGCUCCACAGCCGUGCGCUCCUAGAUGUCUCUUCAUUUCCUUUGCUGUACGAAGGAGGCUGAAGUAUUGUAUAUAUGUGUAUAUUUACAUGGUUUCUGAAAGAAGACAAAAUGAUCAGUAUGAUUUCAGACAGGUUCUUAAAACUAUUUCUGAUGUUUUUUUUCUAUUUAUUCUUUUUGGGAAGUUGUGGUCGGUUGCUUGGUACACACACGUGUUGAUCAUGACUAAAUGUACAUUGCCCUAUUUCCUGCUGGGUCUCAGAUACUGUAGAUGUGCAUAAUUUAGAACCAGAGGAUUUGCCCUGAAACUUGAAAAAUGGGAUAGUUUUGAUAGUUAACGAAGUGACCGUGCCCUUUUAGUUAUAACCGCUUUACACCAAAAGAGAAAUGUGAUUUGCCUUCUGUGAAUCUGAGGAGAUGAAUGUGGCCGGGUCUGAGGGGAGAGCUCCGGCAGACUCGCAGUGAAAAGCAUUAGCACCGUCUGCUUCUGCACCCCCAGAAAGGGUGGCUUUUAUUUAAACCAGUGUAGCCUGAGGAACUUGCUGAAAUCGGGACUUGCGUCAUAACUAAUUUAUUUGUACAGACUAAAUAAAAUGUGAAGAUAGUUUUUUUUUUUUUUUUUUGUUUCACUGCUUUAUGGUAGGGUUUAUCUACUGUAGGUAGGGUUUUGUGCUGUGUAACUGUUAAAGGGGCUUGAACACACACCCUGCUGGUAGGCUACGGCACCUCUAACCCACUCGCUUUGUUUAUGUAGACAAGCACUGUACGUGCUGGUCUGACUCGACUUCCACGGCACUCUUUCAGUGCAGUCUUCACCCUGGUGGUCCAAGUCAAGAGAACAAGUGGACAAACACAUGCAAGCAAUAGGUUAUUUUUGGGAGCAACCAGGCAGCCCUCGAAGCUGAGGUGUCCCUCGCCCAGAGUGAGAGCAGCCCCUGCAAGGUAAUGACAGUACCUUCUUUGUACCACUAGAUGGCAGAAAGACACUCAGAAGGGGCUCCACCCAAGUGGGCGGAGCCUCUUGAGAGUGCCUGGUCUGUUCUUGUGUGGGGGGAAAUGAAAUGAUGCAUUUGUGCAGUCAUUUAGCUUUCAUUUUGACAGUAUACUGUAUGCUUAGGGGAGGACACCUGCUAUAUCUCCCGAUGGUUUUAAUGUAAUGCUCUAUUUUGUAUUAGAAAUAAAUUAGAACUAAAAUAAGAUGCAAUAAAAUUCUGCACCCGACUGCAUUUCUUGUCUGUGA